AUGAAUGCCGGCUCCUACCUCCUCUACCAGCUGCUGCACUACGAUGACUACCCAAUUCGUUAUGUUGCCUACUUCCUUGGAGGAGAGUUGGCGUACAUGCUUGACAAGGAGGAGGAAACGGUGACGGAAUACAAGGGCGCGAAGAAGAUCAAAGAAGCUGUGAGUCGGUUGGAGUGGCGGUGGAAAGGGUUUAUUAUCUACGACGCGGCGGAGGACGGAGGGCCGCCGUCAGGCUUCCAGCCUUACGGAUGUGGGAUGAUUGUGUUGAAAUCCCCAAACGGAAAAAGCUUCGGAGGAUGGGUGCGGAGAGAGGACCGCCAUGACCGCGUCAUGAGCUGCCCUCGCGAGAACGAGGCGAAGGCGAUGUGUGCCUGGAUGGCGCGUGGCCGCCCCGCGCAGGAGCAAGCGGACUACUGGGAGACGGUCAAGCAGCGCAUGCAGUUUGUCGGGCCGAUUCCGCGUUACAUCUUCACUGAGGCUGACUUCAAUGGGCGCACUGCGGCACUUGGGAGCGCCCUGCAGGUGAUUGACGCCUCGGUUGCCCAACGCUACUUUUCUGAGGUAGAUGAUAAAGUGUGGAGUGCGAAGAAUCCGCUUUGGAAGCUUGUGAAAAUUGAGCGGGAACGUCGCGGACGCUAUUGCAGCAUCGUUAGCAUCGUGCCGGCGUGUGGCCACAUCAGACAAAAGCUAUUGGGUCGUUUGUGUGAGGUACUGACCCUCGCAGAGGCUGUCUCGCUACUAACGUGUGGUUCUCGCCUUCCUUAA